GGAAGGGGAGACGGAAAGGGAGCAAAAGCCGAGCUGGAUCGCUCCCUCCCGGGCCUGACAGCCCGACCAACAAGCGACGGCGAGUAGCCAACGAAAGGGCCAACAGACAGGCGUGAUCAGGUUUUGAAUUCACAUCUACUGGUGAUGGUGGAGCGUCGUCGCAGCAACCUGGUUUGUCUAGUGGAAGCGGCCACAACGUAUGGGAUGAGGAUGGUGGCGAUGCCGCCGGCCACCUGCAGGACCCUGCAGCAUCGGCGAUCCCCGACGAGAGAUAACCUGGUGCUACCUUGAUGUACGGGUGUUUCCUGUAGAGCACAGCAGUGUACAGCUGCUGCACAAUGAUCCAACAUUAAUGAUCCACUACUGCUCUAGAGUACAACAUGAACUGUAGACUGCUGUACUCAACGCGCUGUACUUUAAAAAUGAAGUCAACGCCCUGCCGUGUCGUCUUGAUGCUGUCCUUGGCUAUAUUGCUUCUCAACGCUGCCCUCGCUGUCUGUGGUGUGCCCUGCUAUCUGCUGUACAUGCAAGCGGUGCUGUAUCUAUGCAUACACAGUCAUGCUCGGUACAUGGCGCCAAAUAUCACCCCCCCCCUCCCCUUAGCCCCCACAAUCUAGACUUCAGUGGGUUGGAGCUGUUGGCAAAGCGCUGUAAAACACGCCACCCCAAAUAUAGCCCCCGUAGUAUGCGCUACCAAAGACGCGUGACGCAUGGAUGCGUGGAGUGAGGAUUGCUUACGGAAACCUCACAGGUUGAGUGAUGUAGGAGAUUGCCGGACACAUAGACGUGUUGAGUGAUUAUAGCUGUAUACUGAAACCCCACGGAAAGGGGAGGUUUGAGAUUGCCAGACACAUAGACGGGUUGCGUGGGGAUAGCUGCUGGAACCCCACGGGUUGAGUGAUGUUGGAGUGCCGGACACAUGGACGCGUUGAGUGAGGAUAGACACAUAUUGAACCUCACAGGUUAUUUGCAUUGGAGAUUGCGAGACACCUAGACGUGUUGAGUGAGGAUAGCUGCAUACUGAAACCUCACAGAUG